CCACCGCCGUUCUCCUCUCAGAGAUCGCCCAAGCUCGUCAACAACUUGCAUCCAAACACAAUGCCCCCCCAGGGCAAUAACCACGCCUUUCAUCGGGCCGCAACCGCAUCCCGUAGUGGGAGUCACAGGAUAGCGAACCCUCCUACGAAGCGAUCACCCGGGCCCAUAGACGGUUAUUGCCAAGGCCUUGGCGACGGCGGUCGUGAUAUUGAUUGCUGGUGGGACAACCAGUUCCCUCUCGACGCCGUUGAUGAGUUAUUGUUCCCAUGUACCUGGCACGAAACACAAUUGGGGUGUGCCUCGUGUGAUGGUCAACACAUUUAUACGGGGUACGAUUCGCCAUCACCAGCGCCCCAGCCUGCACCCGCCAAAGGAGGCAUCAAAGAUAAAACGGCCAAUGCACGUACCAAAUCCAAGUCUUCCAAACCAGCGGCAGCAAAUAAACAUAGCUCAGUGGGAAGACACAAGCCCAGGCCGGCCACGAAAAAAGGACCAAGCAAGAAUUGUUAA